AUGGGAGAUUUAUAUAGAAAAAUUGCUGCAGGUGGAUGCCACGGCGUUAGCUUUAAUAAUAAUAAUCAUCGCGUAAUGAAAUGGUCUGAAGAUGCCAAGGUAAGGCGCGGCUGUUGCUGGUGGUCACGAUCACCGAAUCCACACGGAAUAUUCGUUGAUCACUUGAAGAGCGUUUACGUAGCAGACUUGGAGAAUCAUCGAGUGGCGUGUUGGUCCCCAGGCGUGAAACACGGAACAGUGAUCUUUGGUGGAAAUGGAGAAGGACGGCAAACUCAUCAGUUCAAUGGACCUAUAGCAUUAUUAUUUGAUCGAGAAGGAAACAGCUACGUUGUCGACCAUCGAAACAAAAAUAAAGAUAUUUGUUGA